AUGCAGACGCGCAAAAAUCGACAGGCAGCUUUUGCGGCAGUCGCAUUCCUUUCUGCCUUUGCAUCCAGCUCGCCAGCUCACCCACUCAGGCAUCGCGAUGUAGCUGCCCUAUCCGACGUUCAUUCUCUAGCACUCCAAGAGCGUGGUAUUCCUGUCGUCGACUCAACGGUCCCCCUCAGGCUGCGUUCAGGCGCUGGCAGACAACUUGCGAAACGCCAAAGCGGUGGACCAUUACGCACCAUCUAUGACGGAGCGCAAUACGCGAUUGACGUGACCAUUGGCACGGAGACGCUUCAAGUUUUGAUCGACACUGGAAGCAGCAGUUUUUGGGUACCGAAGGCCGAUUUCGUGUGUGUAGACGUAAACGGCACGCAACAAUUCGGACCCAAAAGCUUUUCUGGCGGCCAAAUCGCGGACCAGAACUUCAACGUGACAUAUGGCGGAGGGGAGUUUGCGACUGGCAUUGUGGGUCUUGAAGACGUUGGCUUUGGAGGUGUGACGGUCAAGAAUCAGAAGAUGUCGUUCGUGGAUAGAACCUACUGGCUGAGCGCAGGCAAUCUGACUAGUGGGCUGAUGGGCUGGGGACUUGGUGCCACCACCGCCAUCUUCGAGGGCGCAGACCCGUCCCAAGACGGCGGAAAAAAGCCCAUCUUUGUCAAACCAUGGCUGGAGACCGCCUAUGACCAAGGCUUGGUCGCAAAGCCCAUCUUCUCGGUCGUGCUCGGCAAGAGGGGUAAAGACGACGCGGACUUGUCAGCUACAGGUUUCCUUACGAUAGGAGGAGCGCCAUCGUCAUCGUCGUUGCCGCUGACGGGUGCCUACGCUACCACGCCAAUCCUCAAAGAGACGUUUGAUCAUUACCAGCUGGAGAACGAGUAUGUCCACUAUGUCAUCCGACCCGACGGGUUUGUCGUCAACGGAAAGUUCAUUGCCUGGGCCCCAGGUAACUCCGCGGGCACCCAUUACGGCGACAGUCAAGAAAGGUUCACGAUCCUAGACACCGGCACUGCUUACACCAUGGCCCCGAAGGCCCUUGUGGCCACAAUCGCCGCAGCCUUCGACCCUCCAGCUUCCUUCAGUCAGGAUGACGGGCUUUGGGUGGCUUCGUGCAAUGCGAAACCACCUUCUGUCGCCAUUCGCAUCAACGGAACGGACCUUCCCUACGCCUCAUCAGACGUUCUCGUCGACGGCACUCUAGGCGUAAUCGACGAGGAGAAGCAGACAUGCAUAGUGGGUUUCAUGGAACCAUCUACUCCGCCCUGGGGUGGCGACCUGCCGUAUAUUCUUGGAGCCAACUUCCACAGGAAUGUGCUAGCGGUACACGAUAUUGGAAACAAGGUGAUGACGUUUGGUGCGCUGAAGUGGAACUGA